AUGAUGGCGGACGGCGCGCGUACUGGAAAUCCGGUCUGGAUCACCAAGGAGGAGCAGGAGGAGAAAGAGGAGGAGGAGGAGGACCAAAGGAUUGGCAGAUACGACACAUACGAUAUGCAGACAAGAGCAUCAAGAGUAGGGAAUAAGCAUGGCAUGAAUGAAGCUUCUCCGACUACAGGCGCGAUGUCACCACAACGAAGUGAUGCGACGUCCGACUCUGCAUCCUAUUCGCUAUCGACGAUGAGGAAGACAUCGUUAAUCCAGUAAUGGACUUCUCCAGCUCUCUCACGUCCCUUUACGCUCCUGGUCUUACGCUCGUGAUCCAGUUGACGCUGCAGAACAUCAUGUCACCAGCGACAUGACAGGUGACCGGGGCGUUGCUAGCAUGGGCAUCUGAGUCGAAUCAUACCCAUACAGGCUCCAACGAGCGAGCUUCCAUCGGGAUCAUGAGCUUCGCGGCCUCCUCUACUGGCAGACUCAGCAUAUAUGGUCCAAUUCCUGAUGCUGCCACGCGCGAUGCGAUGGUCAAGGGUAUAUCCAACGCUUGUUCCAGAUCAGAGCCGUUGCCAAUAGCCGAAGUGAGGAGCCCUGCCUCAAGGAGUCGAAGCUAAUCAUCGACUCCAGCUGCUUCUCACGCGAAGAUGCUUCAUGGUGCUUCAGUAACGAGCUCGGCACUUCUGCUCCAUUCCCAAGCACAAGGUACAAAAGAUUUCUGUUUUUGUUCUCCUAACGGUUAGGUACCUGCUCGACCCGAUCACGCACGAGUCAUAGCAAGCAAGCAAGCAGCGAUGAUCUCACGAAGACAUUCACAUUGCACGGACCUCGAGGCUUUCCCGCGCCGACGUUUACGGGACAGACAAGCAAUUAUAGAACUAUCUCCCAGGUGUCGCCACGCCACCCUGAAGGCUCAAGAUGCCAUUGUUGUUCCAAGCAUCCGCAUCACUCCACCGUCGCCAGCUGGAGAGGCUUCUCUGUUGCCAAGCAAUAUGCGUGGCCAAUGCAUCAAUCGACAUCUACUGCAUCCACCUCAUGCUCUCCGCCCCCGCCGCCAUUGCUCGCACCGCAUCUGGAUCAGGCACGUGGAUGGUAUGCGUGUUCUUGCUGCCUGCAGGUGGAGAGACAGGCGCAACGCAAUCAGUGGGAAGGCGGGAAAGCAGGAGCCAGGGCACAGUACGAGGAGCAGAAUCUUGGAGGCUCUGCGUCUUGGUGGGAUGACGGUGAGAUAGGUGAUUGAUGGGUACCUAGCUCUUCCUGCUGUGUACCAAAUGACGGGAAAUGCUACACUCCCUUGAUGCUGCGGGACGAGAGGGGAGCUCUAGCUAGACAUAUCACAGGUGCCCAGUUAAUAUGA